CAUUGAACGUGUCAGACGGCGACUAUUUUCGGAUUUUUGGGCUCCCAUACCUGCUGGCUCAACGUUUGGCCCUUGUGUGGACCCUGACACCAGAUUUUUUGCACUGGCAUUGGACGUACGUGGAUAUAUUUAUUAAUUUUUGGCAAGGAUUCCUUCUGAUCAUUGAGAAGCUGUGGUUAGCUGCAUCGUGUGGCGGCGUUCCAACUCAAACCUGGUUCAGAGACCGCAAGCCUGGUCCCAAGUCCAGGCAUUGGAUCCCAGUGUUUUUGCUGAUUAUUUGCUGCGUUUGGAAUUGCCAACUGGCGCCCAGUUGCACGGGAUCUGAUAGGAGCGAGGGUUGCACUGUAGCCAUGGACAGUGCUGAAACGUCCACUGAUUGGACACACCACUUCAUCCAUAGAUCUGACGUGAAGCUACAUGGCAAGCGGCCACCAAUGUGCGCUAGCACGCCAGUUGAGCUGACCCAUCGUGCCUCUCCUGUUGUUAAGAGAAGUCUUCAACGAGCCCAAAAAAGGGCCCAACGCAGUGGAAUGGCCUGGUAUCGUGGGCGUUGCCUCACUCCUGAGGAUUUCCUCAAAAUGGGGAUGCGCCCGCUGAACACUGAUUUGCCCCCGAUGACGCCUGCCAACCUGGCAACAUGCAAUAUGCACAAUGCCCCUAGGAAAAGACUCACAUGCCUGACCUGGAAUGGAGGAGGGCUCUCCAAUCACCGAUUGGACGAGCUCAAAUGCUGGCUUGUUCAGCAGCAAAUCCAAAUAGCUGCAGUGACCGAAACCAGAUGGAGCUUCUGUUCAACCUGGAGUGAUAAUUCCUGGCACCACAUCCACAGUGCGGACCCUGAUCACCGAGGUUCUGGAGUGGAUAAAGGAUGCCUGCAGAGACGUGAACGAUUUCGGUUGGCUUUGGAACAACAGCUCCAGCAAAUCCCAAAUCGGAAUACAGUAGCUGUCCUUGGAGGCCUGAACUGUUCCCUAAUGGAGAGCUCUGGCACCUGCGGCACGUCUUUCUUCCGUUGGAACCACCAAUUGCUGCAUGGCUUGAAACAUUCCGACAGUGAAAGGUUUGCACAAAUCCUUCGUGUUGGAGGACUUGUAGCUUUGAAUACAUGGGACUCCUCAUUGGGCCCGACAUUUGUGCAAAACGGAUGUGCCAGCAGGAUCGACUUCAUUUGCACACGUCGGCAUUUGGCUGAUGGUCAGGCUCGGAGAGUUCAAUACUUAUGGGAGGCACCCUUUUUGCCCCCUGGUCAAUAUGGCCAUGUCCCUAUGGUAUGUCAUUUGGCUAAGUACUGGGUGCCACCUGCACACCAUAAUGCAAAUAGCCUGACACCACACCAGAAACGAUGUGGACGCCUUGCCAAAUUGUCUGGUGAUGUGGCCUGGCGUCAUUUUCUGGCUGCUUCUGGCGAUACCAUUUGCGACCAAUUUCACCGGGUGCUGACCUUAGCUGAAUCUGAGCUUUCCAGGAAACAGAGACGCCAGCGUUUUGAGGAGAUCGUUCAACUUGCCAAUCAAGCCGCCUUACAACACAACACCCACCAAAUGUUUGACAUCAUCAAUCGAUUUGCUCCCAAGACCCCCAUGCGUAGGAUGCAGCUUCGCAAUGACCUUGGAGCCCUGAUGACAAUUUCUGAGGAACGCAGUAUGCUUGUUGCAUAUGUCAGACAAACAUGGCAUGGACACCCCAUGACCCUGCGCCCUUGUCAUUCUCCUCCAGGAGUGCCGUUUACGGUCCAAGAACUUGCAGGUGCACUGAGAGACAUUCCUACUGUCAAAGCAGCCGUUUUGGGCCUGCUCAUUCGAAUUGCAUCCAAACAGACUGAAUGUGAGUUCCGAAAAUGGCCCAUUUGGGCUUUCAUGCCGAAGAGGUCGACGCAAGACCCUCUCCUGAAAGUGGCUGACCUGGCUCGAAGACGUGUCGAGACUGCCCUCUCUGGUGAGGCCCUUCUUCUUGGACCUGCACAUUGCACUGGAAUCCCAUUGAAGGCUACAAUGACAUCGAGCCUCAAGCUUCCAACUGAUGCUGCCUCUGCUAGAGGAACCAGAAGCGUGCAAGUACCUCUGCAAAUUCUGCUUCUUGUGUGGUCAGCAUGCUCACCGUAUCCAGGACUGGCGUCUCUGGGGCCAGUACAGAUCCAAACCCAGCUGGAGGCGGCAUGUGCCCACUGUGGCAAGAUCUACUCCUCACUUGAAGGACUCCGGUCCCACAUAGUGCAGGGACGAUGCCCUGAAUUCAACCCGGCAGCAGAGACAGAGACGGUACCCAUUCCUCAGGCCUGGCAUGACCUCUGUCUCCAUGGAACCAUGUUCAGUCAUUUGCAGCCACCCAUGACACGGCUCCAUUUGACCAUACGGUGCAGCCAAUGCCAGCAGGUUUACACCCGGGCUGGAGACCUGGCAAACCACCUUAUGACCAGCCAUGCCAAGUUGUGGAGGCAGGCACAAAGCCUCACUUUGGUUCUGGUGGAACUUGUGUUUGCCCGUCUGGGCUGUGUUUGCAACCCGCAAAUACAUCAGGUUCGACAAAAUCACAUUUGUCUUCCCCUGCGCCAGAUUGCCAUGAUGUACAUCAGGUUGGAACAGGUGCCCUUCAUGCCCAUUCCAGUUACGGAAGAGGUUCUGCAUCAGCUGGUCCAUCCCUCAAUUCCCAGGCCAAUGCAUUUCAGGCUCACCAAACUCUUUGCUGACCGACAGUUUAGUGACAUGUGGACAGACGCAGAGGUCAAGCAGAUGCUGAGCCAUGCUUGCAUCAUGUGUGGACAGGCGCACUUGCCUGGACUUUUGAGUCGACAUUUGCAUGAAGCACACACAUGUGGGCACCAAUUUGCAGACUUCUACAGUGACACAUUGCUGCCUGUUUUUCAGCACCUGAUGCAGUCCGAUUUUCAAUGUGAGUUUUGUGGCCAGAUCUUCAAUCUCCCGUAUCCAUCUGAUGAAGACUCGGUUAUGAAUGGCUGGGACGAGAUGGCACUGGGCGAGAUCAAGGAAACCUUUGAGUUCCUUGCGCCGAUCUUCGACAAGAGCUUGAAACUUCAACCCAAUCCCAGGGCAAUGAAACAACGCAGAACCGAGGGCAAGGCAGACCAGACCGAUCAAGAUCCACCAGGACGAGAACCACAGAAGGAGAUCCUGCAGUACCUGCGGGUCCUGGGCCAACUGGCGCUGCGUCACGAGCGCAGCUUGAACUUGCUGCAAAGUACAGACUCUUUCAUACUGUACUUCCAGCAGGACAAGGCGGGCAGUCUCCACUUUCUAGACGAUGGAAAGCAGUUGACUACCGCUAUCGAUGAAGCUGUCAACCGGGGACUAUCAGAUGACACUCCUAGUCAAACACCACGGAACACAGACAAAAGUGUCCAACAUGCCUUUUUCCAGCACUACCUGACCGAAAAAGAUUGGGAAACGUUGCAGGCCCCAGGGAUGGAUGUCAAUACCAAGAUCAGGGUCCUGGUGAAAAGGCGCCAAGCUUUGAGGAUGAGACACAUUUGUGAGGACACAGCACGGCGCAUCUGUUGUGUCUUAACUUUGUCGGGGAACAGCCGCAUGUGUGCAGCCCAAGUUGAUCCUUUUGAGUUUUAUGGCCUACUUGGGGACUUCAAGGUGAUGCUGAGGUUUGCUUGGAAGAACAGUUCCGUCGAACCUGUUACUUUGAAAUCAUUUCCAGCAGAUCCUACAAAACUCAAACCGGACUUGUUCUCCAGUGCAUAUCAUCGUGAUGAGCCACCAGUCCGGAGUAAGCUUGAUGAAGGGAUUCUGUUAGAAAUGGUGUCUACACUUCCAGCUCGGAACACCCAUGGGACUUUGAAAGGGGGUUGUGCUAGUGGCUCCAAGAAUCAAGCUACCAUGACCCUUAACAAGUUGAACUCGUUUUUGCAGCGCCUUGAAGGGUUUGGAGGGCAAGACUAUCGGGCGAGGAGGGGUUCUACACGUAUCAAGAUGUUGAAGGGGCAUGAUGAAGAGGAAUUUGAAGAACAGCAUCCUACGCGUCGGCGGAAACCUGAACCUUUGCAGAUCGAGUAUACCCCUAGUGAAGAAGCGACAAAAAAGGCAUCGAUUUGCGAUAUGGCAAGCUCCAUGCUCAAAGUGCUUGGUGAAGAGGGUUUGUCGAAGGAUUUAGAGUUGCCCAAGAAGGGAUCCCAACCGAAAUCCAAAAGUCUUCCAAAGCCAAAGUCCAAGACUGGGUUGAAGAUUACCAAGUGCAGUGCAGCUACCAAACCCAAGCCGCAGCCUACUAUCUCGUGUUCGAAGAACAAGCCACCGGGGUUUCCAGGAACCAAGAGACAGCCACCAAUUCGUUGGGGAUCUUGCACAAUCUACACAUCAGACACCAAAUGGCGUGUCAAGUUGAAUGCAGGGGACCGUUUGGAUGUACCUAAGCUAUUUACUGACCAACCCAAAAAGGGCUGGCAGGAAGUCAUCAAGCUCUGCAAAGAGAGGGGCACUUUUGAGAAAUGA